CCAGGAGAGCUCGGCCGGAGAGGGCUGCAUUGCGCCACCCGGGCCAUCUGACAUGCACUGACAUGGGCCAUCUGACAUGUAGGCCGCCCCCGGCACCCGCUCACCCGGUGAGAAAGUGUCUCACCGCCAGCUCACCCGGCCGGCGCGGCGCCCGCCGCGCCGCUCCAGCCGUUGCUGGGCGGUGGCCGGCGUUUGUUACGCGCGCUCUGAUUGGCUCCCGGCGCUGGGCGUCGGCUGGUGCUCCGCUGAGCCGACCCGAGGGCCCCGCGCGCGCGGCGGCCCGCAGUCGCUGACGAGUCGCCGGUACGGUUGUGAGGGUCCCCAGAUCACAGUACAAAAUGCGCGAGAUUGUGCACCUCCAGGCUGGCCAGUGCGGCAACCAGAUCGGAUCAAAGUUCUGGGAGAUCAUUUCUGAUGAGCACGGCAUCGACCCGACUGGCACCUACCAUGGCGACUCGGAACUGCAGCUGGAGCGCAUCAACGUAUACUACAACGAGGCCAGCGGCGGCAAAUAUGUGCCGCGCGCCGUGCUAGUCGACCUGGAGCCGGGCACCAUGGACUCCGUGAGGUCCGGUCCCUUCGGCCAGAUCUUCCGGCCCGACAACUUCGUCUUCGGUCAGUCUGGCGCCGGCAACAACUGGGCCAAGGGUCACUACACAGAGGGCGCCGAGCUGGUGGACAGCGUCCUCGAUGUGGUCCGCAAGGAGGCCGAGAGCUGCGACUGCCUGCAGGGCUUCCAGCUGACACACUCGCUUGGAGGCGGCACCGGCUCCGGCAUGGGAACCCUCCUCAUCUCUAAGAUCCGGGAAGAGUACCCAGACAGGAUCAUGAACACUUACUCUGUCGUGCCCUCGCCUAAGGUGUCUGACACCGUCGUCGAGCCGUACAACGCCACCCUCUCCGUUCACCAGCUGGUCGAAAACACAGACGAGACCUACUGCAUAGACAACGAGGCGUUGUAUGAUAUCUGUUUCCGUACCCUCAAGCUUGCCAACCCCACAUACGGUGAUCUCAACCAUCUUGUUUCUCUGUGUAUGUCUGGUGUCACCACCUGCCUCCGGUUCCCUGGUCAGCUGAACGCUGAUCUCAGGAAACUGGCCGUCAACAUGGUGCCCUUCCCCCGUCUUCACUUCUUCAUGCCCGGUUUCGCGCCCCUCACCUCUCGCGGCAGCCAGCAGUACAGGGCGCUGACCGUGCCCGAGCUCACCCAGCAGAUGUUCGACGCCAAGAACAUGAUGGCCGCCUGUGAUCCCCGGCACGGUCGCUACCUGACGGUGGCCGCUGUGUUCCGAGGACGCAUGUCCAUGAAGGAGGUCGACGAGCAGAUGCUCAACAUCCAGAACAAGAACAGCAGCUACUUUGUCGAAUGGAUCCCGAACAACGUCAAGGUUGCCGUGUGCGACAUCCCGCCCCGCGGCCUCAAGAUGUCUGCCACCUUCAUUGGUAACAGCACCGCCAUCCAGGAGCUCUUCAAGCGUAUCUCUGAGCAGUUCACCGCUAUGUUCCGGCGCAAGGCUUUCCUCCACUGGUACACCGGCGAGGGCAUGGACGAGAUGGAGUUCACAGAGGCCGAGAGCAACAUGAACGACCUGGUGUCCGAGUACCAGCAGUACCAGGAGGCCACCGCCGACGACGAGGCAGAGUUCGACGAGGAGGAGGGAGAGGAGCUCGAGGCCUAAACUCACCUGUCCUUCAGUUGCUUUCUGUUUUUGUCUCGCUGAGCCCGGGCCGGCCGUCUCGGCGAGCCGUGUGACGUCACGGUCGGUAGAGGCGGGCGUGUCCUCGCUGCUGUGGUGGUCCCCGGCCCUCCCGAUGGCUGGGCUGGUGACCACCGGCGGCGGCGGCGGCCAAGUCAUUCAUCCAUGCCCUUCGUGUCUUGCACAUUCCCGGAUGAUUUAACUCGUGCCAGGUACGAGGAGCAUUGAUUAUGUACUGUUCCCGUUUCGUUCUUGCUACGACUACGACGAGAAUAUAAAUUAUUUUAAGAUGUA